AUGUACAAAAAUCAGCCGCAACACUAUGCCAGGUCAGAUUACCAAGUGGUGAAAGAGAUAGGGCGUGGGUCCUUUGGAUCAGUUCACAAAGUCAUCCAUGUACCGACCCAGCAAGUCUUGGUUAGGAAGGACAUAAAAUAUGGACACAUGAAUAGUAAGGAAAGACAGCAGCUAAUCGCUGAGUGCACUAUCCUGUCGCAACUGAAGCACGAGAAUAUUGUAGAGUUUUAUAGUUGGGAUUUCAAUGAACAACAAGAGGUGCUAUAUUUAUACAUGGAAUAUUGUUCGAGGGGUGAUCUAUCAGGUAUGAUUAAACAUUACAAGCAAGAACACAAGUACAUUCCUGAAAAAGUAGUGUGGGGUAUUCUAGCACAGAUGCUGACCGCGCUAUAUAAAUGCCAUUACGGUGAGGAAUUGCCUUCAUUAACUACAAUCUAUGAUAGAAUGAAGCCGCCAUCCAAAGGAAGAAAUAUUGUUAUACAUAGAGACUUAAAGCCCGGUAAUAUCUUCCUAAGCUACGACGACAACUCCAGUGACUCUACAGAUAAAGCUGAUAUAGCACAGAGUAAUUGGUAUCGCAAACCUAACAAUAGAGGUGGAGAUGAAUCCAAACUUACUACCGAUUAUAGUCAAGUAGUGGUAAAGGUGGGGGACUUUGGACUGGCCAAAUCUCUUGCUACCAGUGUCGAUUUUGCUACAACUUAUGUGGGAACACCUUAUUACAUGUCUCCAGAAGUGUUAAUGGAUCAACCUUACUCUCCAUUGAGUGACAUAUGGUCUCUUGGAUGUGUAAUUUAUGAAAUGUGCUCUUUACAUCCACCAUUUCUGGCUAAAAACUAUCUUGAGCUACAAACUAAAAUAAAGACAGGAAAAUUUGAUAAUAUCCCAGAGUACUACUCUAAAGGUUUAAAUGCAAUAAUACAUUCCAUGAUUGAUGUCAACAUGAAAACACGGCCUUCAACAUUUGAACUUCUACAGGAUAUCCAAGUAAGAACUGCAAGAAAGUCGCUACAACUGGAGCGCUUUGAGAAAAACCUAUUAGCAUAUGAGAAUGAGCUUGUUAACAUUGAAAAGAUACUUGAGAAGCAGGCCAUGGAAUACGACAAAGAAGUAUCACAGUUAAGAGAGCAAUUUACGAAGGCUGUUGAAGAAAGGGCAAGAGAGAUUAUAAAUGGUAAGAAAGGUCCAAGUAUACCAGACUCUAUAAAUAAUUAUGCUGCUACAAGGAUAGCUAAACCUGCAUAUCAUUGGCAAACACGGUACAGGUAA